ACAGCGCGCAGCGGCAGCGCUGGUGCGGUUCCUGCCCGGCUUUGUGCCCUGAAGCCCCGUCCCUCCUCUUCCUUCUCCUCCUCCUCCCCCCUCCUGCCGUAAAACCUUCACGAGGCUCCGAGCAGCAGCAUCCGAAAGCGCCUCAGCCGCUCGCUGAAACCACCGACUGCAGCAAAAACCCCUUUUAUUUUUUGUUACAUAUUUCCUCCCCCUCCUUCCUCUUUUUUUUUUUUUUCUCCUCCUCCUCUCCCCCGCAAACGCAUCAAGGUGGACGCGGAGCGCAAAAAGACCUUUGUUUUAAAAAUGCCCAUGGAGCUGACGCAAAGCCGCAUCCAGAAGAUUUGGCUUCCCAAUGACAACCGCCCGGCGCUGCCCCGCCGCUCCUGUGGGCCACAGCUUGCCAAUUCCCCCACUGUGAUAGUGAUGGUUGGCCUCCCAGCCCGUGGGAAGACCUACAUCUCCAAGAAGCUGACCCGCUACCUCAACUGGAUCGGUGUCCCUACAAAAGUUUUCAACGUGGGGGAAUAUCGCCGUGAGGCCGUGAAGCAUUACAGCUCCUAUGACUUCUUCCGUCCUGACAACGAGGAGGCCAUGAAAGUCAGGAGGCAAUGUGCCAUGGCUGCCUUGAGGGAUGUCAAGCUGUACCUGACGGAAGAGGCUGGACAGAUUGCGGUUUUCGAUGCCACCAAUACCACGCGGGAGAGGAGAGGGAUGAUCCUAAACUUUGCCAAAGAAAAUGGAUUUAAGGUGUUCUUCAUUGAAUCUGUCUGCAACGAUCCCACUGUGGUUGCCACCAAUGUUAUGGAAGUCAAAUUGUCCAGCCCAGAUUACCGGGACUGUAACUCCACUGAUGCCAUGGAGGACUUCAUGAAGAGGAUCAACUGUUACCAAGCCAGUUACCAGCCACUAGACCCCGAUGACUAUGACAGGGAACUUUCUCUCAUCAAAGUCAUUGACGUUGGCCGGCGGUUCCUGGUCAACAGGGUUCAGGAUCACAUCCAGAGCAGGAUUGUUUACUACCUGAUGAACAUCCACGUCCAGCCCCGUACCAUCUAUCUCUGUCGGCACGGAGAGAGCGAGUUCAACCUCAUGGGCAAGAUUGGAGGGGACUCUGGCCUCUCCAACAGGGGCAAGAAGUUUGCGCUGGCGCUGAACAAAUUUGUAGAAGAGCAGAACCUGAAGGACCUCAAAGUCUGGACCAGCCAACUAAAAAGGACAAUCCAAACAGCAGAAGCUCUCCAGUUGCCCUACGAGCAGUGGAAGGCACUCAAUGAAAUUGAUGCUGGUGUGUGUGAAGAAAUGACGUAUGAGGAAAUCAGGGAGCAACAUCCAGAGGAAUUUGCUUUACGUGAUCAGGAUAAAUAUUACUACCGUUAUCCUUCAGGGGAGUCCUACCAGGAUCUGGUGCAGCGCCUGGAGCCAGUCAUCAUGGAGCUGGAGAGGCAAGAGAACGUCCUUGUGAUCUGUCACCAGGCUGUCAUGCGCUGUCUCCUGGCAUACUUCCUGGACAAGAGUGCAGAUGAAAUGCCCUACCUGAAAUGUCCCCUUCACACGGUGUUGAAGCUGACCCCGGUGGCCUACGGCUGCCGGGUGGAAUCCAUCUCGCUGAACAUCGAAGCCGUCAACACCCACAGAGAUCGGCCGGAGGAAGCAAAGAAGGGACCUAACCCGCUCAUGAGACGUAAUAGCGUUACCCCUCUAGCAAGCCCAGAGCCCACCAAAAAACCUCGCAUCAACAGCUUUGAGGAGCAUGUGGCUGUUUCUUCUGCCCUGCCAGGCUGUGUUCCUCAGGAAGUGCCCACGCAGAUGCCGGGACAACCUUUACUAGGGAAGGCAUGCCUAAGACCCGUUUGUCACUUUCUCAAAGUUUUCUCUUUACUAAUAUUUCCAAGGUAAAUGGCUCUGGUGCAUGUGGCUUUUCCUGAUCCUCCUUCUGUCUCCUUAGAUAACAGAGAGAGCAACUCUGCCUUGUAGCAUGGCUGGGAUUCCUGGUGCUUGUAAGAGGUAGCUUAGGUAGAAAAAGCAAAUAAAAUAAAAAAUACUCCUCAAAAAAAUAGAAACCUUCCUAGCUGUUUCCUACUUCUUUUCCCUACCCUGUUUUGUGUAGUUUUGUGAGUUGGGCAGUGUCCUUGUGGUCAUCUCCCCUGGGUUUCUCCUUGAGCGGAUACUUUCCUUGGGCCUGGUCCUGCUUGUGUUCAGAUGAUUGUCUCUGGUUUUGUGGUUCCCACCACACACUGGUGGAUACCUGUUGUCACCCUGUAUCAGGGCUGUGUCUGGAGUGUCUCUAGGGCCCAUGAAACCUCAUGGGGUUGUCAUUGGGGGAGUGUGUGCUCCUGCCAUACCAAUGGUGGUGGCUGGUCCCCAUGCUGGGGACCUCAUUGGCAUGGCUGGUGGGAGUUGCCUCUUCUUGUCAGUGCCGAGGAUGGACAAACAAUGACCUUGCCCUUGGCAGGCAGAGGGGACACUGCCCACCCUCAAGGGGAGCAAGAGAGAUGUUUAAUUGGGCACCUUGACUGAACACCGUGGUCCUCUGUCACCUUGCCUUGCAGGGACCACAGAGCAGCUUCAGAAGUGCGGACCAGGUGGGGUGGGAGGAUUGCCUUGGGUUUAGUUCAGUUCUUAGGGUUAUCUCUGUCAAAUUCCCACCCUGUAGUUAAAGCCAGGCGAUGCUUGAGGGGAGAGGUGUGGGUAACCAGCCAGCAUAUCCUCCCCUCACAGAAUCACAUAAUGUUGUUUGGAAGGGACCCACAAGGAUCAUCAAGUCCAACUCUUCAUCCAGUGCCCCACACAGGGAUUGAACUCAUGACCUUGAUGUUUUCAGUACCGUGUUCCAACCAAAUGAGCUGAUCUCAGGGUCAUCCCUCUCCCUGGGUGGACAGUGUCCUCUCCUCUGUGGCGGAUGCUUCCGUAGUGACCCGUCCGUGCUUUGUUACCCUCCGUCCCUGUGUUGACGUGUACGUAGAAGACGCUGCAGGUCUGACCCAAGCACAACCCUCUCAACCCCUUCUCCUUCCCCUCUCGUUUCAGAACAUGAACAACUCACAGAAGCCGUCGUGACUCCGUUGGCACUGUCGCGAGGCCGCCGGCGACGCCAGCUUCCCAUCCCACUGCCAUUCCCGAAGCUUGCUUAUCCACCGGUCUCCUCCGAGGGCGACCCUCGGCUGUUCCUGCUCACGCCCGUUCAUCCGCAAACCGCUCUGCUGCCGGGGGGAGGGAUGCAGGAGAGCGGAGGAGAGCAGCUGAGCUCCCCCCGCGGGUCAGCACCAGCUCUUCAGGCCGCAGCGUUUGCUCUCCUCUCCAGCGUCCUGUAGGGUCGUAGCGAAGCUGUAAAGUGCUUUCUAGCGCACAGGAGUUUUAAUUUUUUCCUCUCUAAGCGGUUUUGAUCUUCUGUAUAGAUGAUUGGUACCCACUUGUCUGCGGGUGGGGUGUGUAUAUAUGUGGAUGGUGCGGGGUUAGUGGAGAAAUAGGGGGAAGGGAGGGUGGGCAAAGGGGUUUUGCAUUUUUUUUUUUCUUAAUUAUUAUUAAUUCUUGGUAAGCCCCUCCCAAGCUGUGCUGCAGUCCUUCACCCACGCUACAGCCUGUCACACACGUCAGCCUGGCUCACCCAGGUCUGCGAGCACCAGGAAGGCAGCUGUGUGAACUCCUUCACUGCUAGGUUUAACUAAAAAACCCCAUUCUUUCCUUUUUUCUUUUUUUUUUUUUUUUUUUAAUCAGUAACACCUUAAAGGGGUUUGCAGGGAAUGUAGGUCUGCUGCCAACACUGGUUACAAGCUGCCUGUAGUGUAGGAGGAACCACACUGCUGGUGGCUUGGGUGAUGCUUUCGUCUCGGGGAGCACCCAGGGAUGGUCUGAGUUCAGGCGUGGUUGAUAUUUAGGGGGAGACUGAGCACUGUUUUGAGGUGCUGUGCUGGUACUUCAUCUCCCCUUUCCUCUUUCUUGGAGGAAAGAGGAAGUAUUGGGAGGGGUUUGAAUCCCCAGGCUGAGCUUAGAUGCGUUUUGUAGACACACAGGUCUCAUGGAGGUGGCCAGAAGUCUGGCCGGGUUGCAGGAGUCCCUGUCUGGCUGCAAAAAGCCACAAGAAGGGACAGUUUUGUCUCUAUUCUUUUUUUAAUUUUAUAUAUACAUGCACAUACAUGUGUGUGUGUAUGUGUAUACAUAGAAACCGCUUGGUUUUUGCACUUUAUUUGUGGCAGGAGCAUAACUAUUGUAUUUUUUUCAAGUCGUGCCCCUUAACAGGGGAAGCCUGAAUACAGGCAACUGUUUGGUUUUUUGUUUGUUUUUAAUUGUAUUUUGCAUGCUGGAAAGCUGGGACUACAAAAUAAUAGUAGUUACAGUGUUCAAGGUGUGUGUGGGGGGGGGGAAUGGGGUGAGGUCCUGACUUUGACUCCAUCAGCCAAAGUCCCAGUGGUUUGAUACAAGAGAUUCCUUGUUGGCAGCCUGCCCUAGGCUGAGAGACAGCAGUUAAAAAUGGCAAUUAACCACUAUUGCUUUGUGGAAAAGUCUGUGGAUUUUGAAGUUUUUUUUUUUUUUUUAGGGUUUUGGGUUGGGCUUUGGUUUGUUCCCCACCUACGUGCAACAUCUCCUCCAUCCCCAUCUCAUGGGUUUUUUUGGCUGGAGGCAGGAGGUGAAGUUAAGCUGCUCCUCCUGCAGCGCUGGACGGAGAGGUCUGGGGAGAAGUUAUGACUUUUUUUUUUCGUGUGUGUGUGUGCAUGUUUUUGGGGGGUGUUGGUCUGUUUUUCCUUUGGGAAAAGGCGAACCACAGUGCCUAACGCUUCAGCCUCGCGCUUGGAGCGGCACCAACAGCGGGAGGGGGCCAGGACCACGCUCAGCCCGUGUCCUACAGUGCCCUGCCUGUGUGAGCUUGUGCAUAUGUGUAUUAUAUUCCUGUACAGAUGAAACCAAGAACACUUACCCCUACUUCAUUCAUUUCUUAAUAGCCUCAUUAAAAGCAACCUCUUUCUCCCUGUGUGCACGGGUGGCAUCUGCCCUUUUGGUUUCUCUGCCUUUGAGAUAAACGAAUGUUUUGGGGAGGUGACUUCACUUGGCUUUUCCAACCUCCUUCCUGGGGAGUUUUAUCUCCCACCUCCUGCUGCAAAAAGAUAAGCCAGCAAAUACAAACAUGACGUCUGGCUGCCCUGAGAUCAACCCUGUACACAUGUAAUUCUGCGGAUGUUUUGGUGUGUAUUUGUGUGUGUGUAUAUAUAUAUAUAAAUAUAUAUAUAUAAAAACAGAAAAAAAAUGGCCCUAAACUUUCUUCCUUUGGGAAUAAUAGAUGUCUCAGUAGGUCCAUGAAAAAAUGAAAUUUGAACAUGGCAUUUUCUCCAGCAAUGGGAAAACUGGUCUCUGAGGUCCUCUUGUGCUGGAGGGGUUGGUGGGAUGGUGCCAUCACACUGCCCCAAAAACUCACUGCCCAUUGCUUUUGGUUAACAGCCAAGGCAGGGUGGGAAAGAGGACUUGUCAAACCACACCAGUGAUUUCUUCCCCCCUCUUUUCCCCUGGUUUUGUUUUCCUUUGUGAUACUUGAAUUUAUUUUUUUAAUUUUUUUUGAUAGCAAAGCAUUCUUUAUUUAUUUAAUGUAUACUGCAAAGCUUGGAGAGAAGGGUGUAGUUACUUGGGGUUAUUUUUUUUUUUUUUUGAUUUGUGGUAUGUUAACUGUUCUGUAUAUAGGUCUGGAAUAAUUGCCUGAUAUAAAGCUGUGCCAGCUUAAAAACAGGGUCUGCCUUUCAGAAAUUUGUAUAUUUUGCAGUUGCUGGACCAAUAAAAUACCUUGUUGAAGUACA